AUGUCAGACAAGCUCAAGGAACGCAAAAGAAGACUCCUCGACCAGGAGAAGCCCACGCUCGGAGACUGGUGGCCACCUCCCCAGCGCCCUGGCGCUCAGCUUGGCGGGGUGGCUCAGCGGGCAGGGAGGCUGGAAGGGGAGCGCGCCCGCGCGGUCGUGAGAGGGCUGAGCUCAUUUGACCCAAGUGGGGAGGGGCGUUGGGAGCUGGGAAGACAGUUGACACGCAGGUACAGCCAUGCUUUUGACGACUCCCUGGGCAAAGUCAAUCCUAAACAUACAAACUUUUGUUCGCAGAGAACGCCCGUUUCCCACAAAGUGAUAGAAAAGCGCAGAAGGGACCGGAUUAACCGCUGCUUGAACGAGCUGGGCAAGACAGUGCCCAUGGCCCUGGCGAAGCAGAGUUCCGGGAAGCUGGAGAAGGCGGAGAUCCUCGAGAUGACCGUCCAGUACCUGAGAGCCCUGCACUCCGCUGAUUUUCCCCGGGGAAGGGAAAAAGAACUGCUAGCAGAGUUUGCCAACUACUUCCACUACGGCUACCACGAGUGCAUGAAGAACCUAGUGCAUUACCUCACCACUGUGGAGCGGAUGGAGACCAAGGACACCAAGUACGCGCGCAUCCUCGCCUUCUUGCAGUCCAAGGCCCGCUUGGGCGCCGAGCCCGCCUUCCAGCCCCUGGGUUCGCACCCGGAGCCGGAUUUCUCCUAUCAGCUGCACCCGGCAGCGCCCGAGUUUGCGGGCCACAGCCCCGGUGAGGCCUCCGUGUUCCCGCAGGGCGCGGCUCCCGGGCCCUUCUCCUGGCCGCACGGCGCGGCCCGCAGCCCGGCGCUUCCCUACCUGCCCAGCGCGCCCGUGCCGCUCCCGAGCCCGGCGCAGCAGCACAGCCCCUUCCUGGCGCCGGUGCAGGGCCUGGACCGGCACUACCUCAACCUGAUCGGCCACGCCCACCCCAACGCCCUCAACCUGCACGCGCCCCAGCACCCCCCGGUGCUCUGACGCCGACGCGCCCGCCAGAUGGCUCUGCGCUUCGCGCGCUGCUUAGGAGAAAUACUCUAUAUUGUACAGGUGUAAAUACUGUGCCAACAAAAACCUGGGUGGGAGAAG